AUGUCUCAGCAAACAUCAGCACCGGAUAUCCAUGAUAAUCUUUUGACACUUACGACAUUGUUUCUUUAUUCUUUUAACGCCUCUAUGGUAUGUACUUGGUUACCACCUUUUAACAAUUUGAAAGAUGACACUUCGAAACCUCCUAUGGUGGUUUUUACGCCAUUUUUGGAUAGUUUACUUAAAAUUUUUCGUAAAGUGGCGUCGGAUGAUGUCGAAAAUACGGAUAAUGAAAAUAUGAUUACGAUGAUAUUAGAUAAACUUGGAUUUGAUGUGCCACUGGAGGUUUUGAUCCGAGAAUCAAAAGAUUUAGAGAAGAUCACAA